GCGGAGUUUUCAAAACAUGUUUGGACAGAGAGCUUAUGAAGACCAGUUUCCCUGUAUUUCACUUGUGAUGUCAAAAUGGCAACGAUCAUUAGACCAGACAUUGAUUUUCAUGGAUUAUUUCGAAAACUUGGUCACAGCCUCGAAGAGAUCCGUGUGCGGACCGUGGACAACAUUCUCUCCAAGCUCGAACACAAGCUCAUCUGCGAUGCCGACUUGGUGAAUGAACGCCACCUGUUUAUCCGACUUCUCGAGUGGUUUAACUUCAGCUCCUGUCCCAAAACAGAGGAAGUUCUUGCCCUACUGAAUCGCUUGUCACAGCAUUCUGCAGCUGCCGAGAUUAUUCAGGACAUUGGUGGAAUAGAAUUCUUGACUCAGCUGCGAGAAAAUGUCGAACCCAGUCUCCGGCCAAUUAUUGAUCAGAUUCUAGAAAAUGCAAUGAAAUUGCCAGAGAUCCGGGUGAAGUUGCAUGCUCCGGAAUGCAUCUACCAGAGGCCGUUAGAUGCAAGUGCAGGCACACAUCAGUCUGUGACUAACAUUAAUGAGAGUGCGAGGUCGCAGCCCAUGUCAGUUGCCUCCAGUUCCUGUGUGCCUCCCAUGUCUUCAGUCUCCAACGCCGACAGACUCAGGUGUUACGACGAGCCUUCUCCCGGCUACUUUGUGACUCCAUGUCAACAUGAACCAGUCAGCCAGCCAUCAGAUAUCAUUGAGACUGGGUCAUCAAGUUGUUUCUACAUGACAGUGUUUCCAUGGUUACCUCUGACUCCAACAGACAGACAUGUUUUAGCUUCGACCAAUACGUCUCUACAGAGUAAAGACAUCAGUCUACUUAUCAGUGCCAGCGAGUUUCUCAGUGACGUCGUCAUUCAAGACUUUCCCGCCGAAGUAUUCCUGCAGCGGCCAAGUAUCAUUAAGAGUUUGCUGUCCUUACUGAGUCUGCCUUCCGAUGAUGAUAAAGUCCUCGCCACACAUGCUGCUCGAACGCUGACUGAUCUUACACGGAGUCUUCACGCCAGGAUGAAGUACUACCAAGACCCUGUGUUGUAUACACCAAAAAUAGAUUUCUGUUCCUCUACCUCCACAACAUUUUCACCAUCUGGCAGUUCUAACCAAUCAGUGCACUCCUCCGAUCCGAGACCCACUGUGAUUGGUUGGAGCGAUGCUCGUCACCGUGGUGAUGGGCGUGAUCAAGACAGCCCUAAUUCUUCAGACAGAACUGUAUCUGGAGCAUCGAGUGUGGGCCUGGAACCGGACGUGGGCAGUUCCCCAGAGGAGACGGACAUUGACGAGAGUCCGAGUCUCCAGCACCAGCAGAUGACGCUGCCGCGGUUCUGUGUGCUCGUCACGCACACAGUACUGCCCCUGCUGCGGUGCGAGCGUGAGAACGUGGUUGUUGAGGUGCUGCAGCUGCUGCAUCAUGUCCUCGCCGUCAUGCUCAAGGUCAUCAUGAAGGACGUGUGGCAGGACACGGCAGACGCGGCUAGGGAUGUUGUAGAGAAGCUGUCCGACAGUUUUGAGGUGAUAAGCGGCCUGCUGGAUUACCACCAUCACGGCAAAACACAGGACCCAAACACCAGCCCGGCUCACCUGUCGCUGCACCGACUCACCUACGUCGGCAUUUCUAACUACCUGGUCAAGCUGCUUCGAUUGGUACCCACCACUCUUGCAUACAGCAUUUUGCCUGAGAGACUGAUACCUUCUCUGGCUACCAUUGUUUUCGAUGAAAGUCUGGGUCAAACCUACGCCCAGACAAGGCAGUCAACCUUGACCUUCAUCCAGCAGCUUGACCCCAAAAUCUACGAGAACUACUGCGAGACUGUGCACGUUUGUCUCUCAUUCGGGCAGACCUGUCAGUUUUUGACGUGCAGUAGAGAAUCACGAAGUGCUGGUGAGCUAGUGACGAUGGUAGAGAAAUCAGUUUGCAGUCUUCCCUAUCAUCUACACCUUCCUCUGAUCUCAGAGUUCAUCAAACUGUUUUCUAACUGGCGAACUAAAUCAUCAACUGAUCCGGGAGUCAUCACGCGAUGUUGGAAGAUAUUACUGAUAUUUCUGUCUCACCCAAACACAAACAUUCGACAGCAUACUUACAGUGUGGUCUCCUCUAUAAUUCAGGGUUCAUUGAAUGUGAAUGAAGCCUCUGACCCCAAGUCUCGCACUUGUGUCCGAGUGAGAUUCCUCUUUGACUCGGACGCCAUGUACGAGAUUGUCGCCUUCGGACUGGCAGACGGAGAAAACAAGAUUGCGACCUUGGCAGGUGACAUCAUGUUGACCUUACUUCAAGGUCAGUUGCUGAUGACAGAAGCCUUGUGGCAGGAGUUUACAAAUUCUCUGCUGAAAUCUCUGCCUAUUCUUCAGUCGUACUCCGACAGUACCACAAUUCUCGGGAAACGAAUCCGAAACCAGCUGGACCCAGUGUCAACGGUCGACAACCUGCCUCUACUGGAGAAACUGCGCGGUUGUCUGCGACUCAUGUUUUCCUGUGACGUCAAGGUGCGGACUGACGCAUUGUUGCAGCUGUCCUGGUUUCUGUCCAACGAAUCCAGCAGUGAUAAGAAAAUCCCGGUGUUUGCCGAUUUGGAUCUCACGUCUCUCGCCAACGUCUUCGUCAUGGAAAUGCCACAUGUUGUAGACGAGGAUUUCACUCGAUCGGUCUUCAAAGAUAACAGUGUCAAGCAAGUGUAUGAGAUAUUUACCUCGAAACCAGUCGAUCCAGGUGUCAAGAAAUCGGCCGUCGAUCAGCUUGCAAUCAUGAUGCAAGAUCCUCACCUGCAUGCUGUAUUUCGACGGCUGGGCGGCCUUGAAACAAUGUUAGAGUACAUUCGACAGGGAGUCGUCAAACACACUAAUGCUGAACAACAGAACGCCAGUCUUGUGUUGGUUCCUGCGUGUGUGUCUACUGUGCGUCACCUCGUCCACCACGACUACACGCUGCGACACAACCUGGCUCAUGACGCAGAGGUCUACUACUGUCUACUUAGAGUUGGUUUAUUGUUUCAAAAGGACAAGAACACAAGUUAUGAGGUUGCCCACCUUCUUACUCUUCUGCUCAAUGACGAGGUGGCCAAGUUUGAUGUUGGCAACAACAUGGGAGGAAAAAUCACUUUGCCUGCGAUCAUUGCCAAGAGAUACCGACUGCCGUUCCGUGCCACAUUACAUCAUGAGACAAGUCCCAACAUGGUUGCUGUCCCUCCUGAAGACAACCCAUUGAUGACGGGACCGCCACUUGAAAUGCUGCGAAUAUCAUGGAAUCUUGCUUGGAAUUCUGGGAUGGAAAAUCUACUAAAUUUGUUGAAAACCAGCAAGAACUUUACCGAUGUGGAAGAACAAUUUUCCUCAAAUCUUCAACUGUCUGCAAUAGAUAAAAAAAUCCUGGAAGUGACCGCAUUGAAAUGGGGACUGCAGCAAGCGAUUUUCAGUGUCUCCAAUGCUACAACACACACCUCAGUGUCAUCAUCAUUGCAGCGGCUGACGAUGUAUCUGACCAUCAUCCAAGGAACGCCAUACGUUGAUGUGGUCAAUGGGUUGGAGUGGUUCCAGGCUAUGGAAAGAUUUCUUCAAGUUACUCCCACAUCUACUGCUGAUGAAGGUCUCCUGCUCGGGGUUCUCAGAUUCAUCACCAUGGUCCUGAGACAGACCAAUCACUGCCCUGAACACAUCCUGCAGUGGCUGGGAGAGAAGAUGUACCAUGCAUCGAGCCCUAUGAUUCGUUUGUUGAACCGAUCCCCUGCUGUGGAAGAGUCGGAGGAUGUCUCUGAAAUUGCUGCCAAUAUUAAGAGGUCGCUGGAUAAACAGUUGUUACACUUCAUAGGAACUUUCAGCAGUCGUCUUCCCUACCAGCUGUCUAGAAGACUGAAUCUGCACCAGAUGCGAGGUGAGCUGUGUAAACGGUUGAUAUUGAGACUGAACGUCAAUGAUGCACCUCACUUCUACAACCUCGCCUCCCUUGAAGGAACUCUUCAGUGUCUUGUGCAUAUCACUGCCAGACCGGGUUGGAGUCAAGAAUGUUCAGAUGUCGACAGGAGUUCUUUGUGUUCGCAAGUUCUUGGCUGUUUACUGGAGGUUGUGUCGGCAUUCCACAUUGGACGAGGUGGGACGGCCAUGUCGUUCAUGGGCAAAGGAGUUACCAAGUCGGCAACCUUGUGUCUUCGUCAUCUGGCGUACGAAAUGGCAGUUUCAUCCGAUGAUAAGAACUGGGUGAAGCAGUGGUUGUACUGCAGUCAGAGAACAGACGCUGUGGGUGAACCAGGACUGAACUGGAUGCUCACUCUCUGGGCGUACAGGGACCCUGAAGUGAGAUCUGCAGGUCUUGGAAUAGCUGUGACCUUGACCUCCACGGAGACAGGCCGUUUGAUGAUCACGGCCAACUGUAAACACAUUCCAGGAGGUAUCUGGGGCGCGGCCUUCAGUAUGCUGCUUGACCAGUCUGAAUGCAGCAUGGUCCGGCAACAGGCUGCUCUGCUCUUGGUGAAUCUGACGUCGGAGACGAUGCAAAGUGGCACCGUGGACAGUGGCACUCCAUGCUGGCAGGGCCCCGUGGUCGUCGACUCUGAGUAUGACGUCGUGCUGGUCGGUCUGACGGCGCUGGUUGCGCUCCUGAACCACAGUCACUUUUACAAGGAGAUGUUGACGCUGCUGUCCAACUUCUACCCCCACACGCUGGUGCAGCCCAUCAGCAUCACGUUGGAAAUGCAGCUGCUGUCCACGGCAAGCUCGGAGACGACGCUCAGCACGUCGGCUGCGAGUGUGAACAGAACAGACAGAUCUCAAGGUUCGUCUCGUAACCCAACCUUCCAGUCUGCACCAAGUGAACAGGUGUCGGGUUCCAGUAGCCAAGCACGUCACAUGAGCCAGUCUCAACAGACUCCGAUGACAUCCGUCAGCUCGGGUACUCCGCGGUCGGGAUUUGACACAACCCAGGAGAUGGAGCCGAUUUUGGAGUACCAGAGUGUGACGACUCCGUGUCUCGUGUCAGCCGUGAGUCACCUGCUACAGAACCUGGCCGUGUUGGCACCACACGACACAUUCCACAGUCUCAGACAGGAGGGAUUCAUCCCUCUCCUCACCAGCUUGUUAAAUCCGGCUCUGCUAGAUGAGUGCUGUAAGCACAUCACGUCGGGCGAGAGUGCGGGACCGAGCGAGCUGUCAUUCCGAGACCUCGUCCUGAUGAACGACAGCAUCAUAGGGCUGCUGCGGGUCUGCGUUGUGUACGACACUCCCACAAGGCUGGAGAUACUAACCGACAAAGAAGCAAUGGCCGCCUUGGCUUCUCUUCUUCUCAUUCAGUGUGAAGGUCACAGCGACCUGAUAUUUGAGAGCAACAAGCUGUGGACGUCUGUGUUGACGUUCCUGACAUCGCUGCUGCAGUUACAGAGUUCUCCCGCUCUACAGUCUAUCACAGCCGCAUUCGCUAAAAUCUGGACAAACCUGUCAGAGAGCUUGUUGAAAGUGUUGGAGCUGACGAGCGGUGACACCAAGGAGCUGCGCCUGGCAUGUCUGUCGUUCAUCUCACUGCUGUGCUGCGAAGAGGCCAGACAGUCACUGAAGCACACUGACCACCAGACCGCAGCCAGAACACUGUCCAGUCUGUUUGAAACACCAGGUGUCAGAGCCUCUGAUGAGAAAGAUGGGGUGACGAGAUCGUCUGGGUCAGUUAUAUGUAAGGCUCUGAUUAGCUGCUAUGACCUGGUCACACUGAAGAACUCGGAAGAACCUCAGACGGCAGAGGGAACCUCGAUUGUCAAUGCUCUGAAAUCUCUGCUUCUCAUCAGUCAGUCAGCCAAAGAAACCGCUUUGGAAAUGGGUUUGGUGGAGAUUUCGCUGGAGCAUGUGCAGAAAAUCCACACACAACUGAAUAUGGAGACAUUACAGUUGACGAAGACAACAGGGAAGAAAAAGGAUGAACCACUUGUACAAGAACUUAUCUUGACUUUCGACCUGCUCAGAAACUUUAUGUGCCAGAAUGAGAAAGUAAAGAUGGCGAGUUAUCACAGUGGGCUGGGUAACAUCUGUCACCGCCUGUGGGCGUGGUGCUGCCUGGACCCCGGCUUGAUGACAUCAGUUCUCUCCCUUCUCACCACCUACACAGCUCACUGUCCGGCAGCGUGUGGCUCACUGGCUUACACGACAUUGUCGUCUGUCCCCGGUGGGGGGAGUGUUAAAACUCUGAGCAGCAACUCACUGGUUCACUGUGUCAUCAAACUGGCCGGCAAGGAGCUGGGCAGAGAAUCGGCGCUCAUGUCCACCGUGUUCGGACUGCUCGCCACGCUCACACUGUCGUCCGAAUGUAGAAGUAUUCUCUUUAAAUGCAACUUUCUGAAUGAUUUCUCCAAGUUGAAUCCGAAGCGGACAAAGAAGUCUAAACAGAAGAACGUGUUGGAAGUUUGCUGGUUCGAACUGCUCACCAAUCUCUCCUUCUCCGUGGAUGGGCAACAGAUGUUACUCAAGAUAAACGGUUUUGUGGACUUGGUGCUGGAUUUCCUCGAUGGUGGUCCCCCUCGCUGCCAGGAGUACGCCAUUCUGAUUCUCAGAAACCUCUGUUGUCAUGCCGGCAACAAACAGAAACUGCUGGCCAAUGAAAAGCUUAUUCCAUUUCUGCUGCAAAGGCUUGAGGAAGGAGGGGAGACAACUCAAGCAGUGGCUGCAUCAGCAUUAUGGGCCCUUGUUUACAACAAUCAGAAGGCCAAAGUGGUUUUGAAGAACGCCAACAUUCUUGUCAACUUGAAGGAGGCUCUACGAAGCGUCAGGAACUCGGGAACAAAAUCUCAUCUCAUGAUGAAGUGUGCAGAAGACCUGCGAUCAACCAUCUCACUUGUUGCAGAGUAACGGAGACAGGAAAUACUUAUAUCAUACCCUGACAUGAUCAGCCAUCUUGUUUCUGAAUAACUUAAAAUAUUGACACAGUAGAGACAAAAUAUAUAUAUAUUUAUUUAAAUUCUUGUCAUCUCUGGUUUAAUACAGGGCAGGAUUUAGCUUGGUUGGUACAAAGCUGAGGUGCUUAGGACGCAGGAUCAAACCUCAUCAGAGGACCCACUGGGAUUUAUUCCUGUUCCAACCACUGCCAGAGUGAUAGCUCCAUUAAACGGCAAGAGCUGUGGUAUAACAACAUCUCAUCUCUGUAAUCUGUACAUUCAUAUAUGUAAUUCAUGAAAAUAAUUUUCUAUACAAAUAGGUCGAGUAGAUUCCAUUUAUUCAUCUCCAUACUCUAUGCAUUUUGGAUUAUAUAUAGAGAUUGAUAUGUAAACUUGAGUAUCAUACUGAUUUUAUGAAACGAGUUUCAGGAUUCUUGUAUGGCGAGAGCAGCGAGAGCGAGGGUAAUGCAUGAAUCCUGACCCAAGUUUUAUCAAAUCAGUACGAUUCACACGCGAGUGUAAUAAAUUUUUUUAUUAUCCAUCUUAAUUUUAUGAAAUAAAGGAUCCUGUCAAAACGUUUGAAAAGUACUAAGGAGACGGCGAAAUGACAUCAUUUUGGUAAAUAUCUGUAUAAAUGAAUGUUUAACGACACUCCAGCACGAAAAAUACAUCGGCUAUUGGGUGUCAAACUAUGGUAAAGGCAACAAAAAAAAGUAAUGAUCAACAUCAAUAUAAAAAUUCAACAGUUCAAUUAAAACACUGUAAAGAAGUGUGCAACAAAUACUCAUUUUGGUAAGGGGCUACACAUAGCUAAGACUGGGGAUGCUGCAUUAUGUUAUGAUGUCGCUUCCCAAAAUUACGUCAUUUGCUGUGCACAUGAAAGCAUUAUGACACGUGUUAUACUGGUUAUAUUUCCCUGUAUAUCUUGAACUAUGUGCAUAAUAAGUAUGAAAAUGCAUACGGAUUACGGACAUAUGGAAUUUGCACCUUAUUAAGUUUAACAAGGAUAUGCAAUUACUUUAAGAAGUAAAUGCUGAAAUUACCAUUUCAGAUUAAAUUGAGUCUACUUUCUAAGAACUGUUUUAUGAAGAAAAACACCAAGGAUAUUUGCUGUCUAGCAUAUAGUAAUUUCGACACUAGGUUUGAGAGAGAAAACCUGCUUCCACCACAAGAACAGCAGAGAGACUUUCAAAUGCAGUUUUCCAUAGAAUAUUGUGAGGCACUGGGUGCUGCAGGAAAAAACACGACUUCAUUCAUGCAUUGAGAGCGAUCGAACCCAGUAGCCAAGCACCUUAGGCGGGCACCCUAUCACUGAGCUACAUCCCUCCCCCUAGAGCAAGAGAAACAAUCGACUUCUACUAGAUAACAGACUAGUUUCUCCAAUGCUUUUUCUCACAGAACGUUGUUGAUAUAUCAGAUUGAGUAGUGUAGCGCCAGUUGCAGUGAGAUAUCUAAAAGAAUCCCUAAAGCGACGUUCUCAUUAUGCGAUUAGUCCCACCGACUUGUUGCAUGUGAUCGAAUCGUACUGUGAGAACAGAUACUUUAGUCAUUUAUGUUCCGAUUCUUGUAGGGCCGACCAUGUGACAAGUUGGUGUGACCGCUUAAAGAGAAAAUGAUCACUAAAAAUAUCAAGAUCACUUGUACAUCAAGCAGACAUUGUUACGAACAAACAAGUUGCUACUUAUCUAGAGUGUAUUUCACAAAACAUAAGUAUACAUUUGCGACUAGCAGUUAUAUCUUUUGUAUGUUUACGUGUGUUUGGCAUUUAUUUCAUGCUGAAAAAAUCACAUUGUUACGGAAGAUGGAGCAUUGUAAGGAUUAAGGAAAAAUUAAAUAUGUAUACUUGAA